GGGUGUCUGAAUGGUGAGAAGUAUGACGAGGGCCCGGUGCAGACAGAGGAGCCCACCGAAUAUUUCCUCAACGGGGCCACACCAUCCACCCGUUACAUGUCUAUCUACCCAUCCGACGUUGAAAACCCACCCCAAACCGUCGUGUGUUUGUUCUCUAGUGAUACCAUUGACAUUUGUUUCGGGGACGUUCCGGCAAAGAAGAGGGAGAACCGAACAAUCAACAACCAGAUGCAGUAUAGGGUUCGUUACAAAGCCACUACCACUUUCCUCUGUAUUGAAAACCAGCUUGAGUUUGAGGCAAAAAUUGACAAUCAAGUGAUUGGACGCCUCACGAUUGACAUUCCGUAUUCCUGAAUGGUUGUUUUCCUGACAUUUACCCACCGCCCCCCCUCUUCUUUUUUACUUUCAUAAAACCCGAUGUUGCUUUCUAUUUUAUUUGCUACCAGGUUACUGCAUCC